ACCAGCGCCGAAAUUUGAAAGAGUUUACUUCUUAGCACUUCGAAAGUAGACCUGGUGUUCGAAACACAAAGUUAUUUUGGUAAACGGGUGCUACCUAGAUUUUGGUAUUUUCGAGACGGAAUUGAUAAAUGUUUUCUACAUAUACCUAGCUAAUUGCAAAGUGAGCAGCAAAGAUGGUGCUUCACCUUGAUAAAGAGCAUGCACUUUUGGAAUGGGUUAACCACCUGAAUGUGGACCUCCCGGUGCGGAGCAUCAACGAUUUACAGGAUGGUGUUUUGUUGAUGAAGCUCGUCUAUAAACUGAGAAAGGAAGAGCCCGCUAAUUCAUAUUUGGACCAGCAUGUCCAGGAGAGGCUGAAAGUGGUCUCUGACUUCCUGCAAGGUGACUGCAGGUGCAGCACAGAACGGGGAGCUCUCAUCUCCUGGGACAACAUCAGCAAUGGACUAAACCUGGAGGUGGAGUUAUCCAAGGUGCUUGUGCUCCUGUACUACCAUAGUGUGAUCAACAACCAUGUUGACCUGAACCAACUGGAAUACAAGUUUGAGGUUGAGCUUGCCUCCAUGCUCCGCUUUGUUUUGGACAAUGAGAAUAGCCUCUACUUGAGUGAGAACUUGGAGAAAUAUCUAAGGAAGAAGCCCCUGUUUAGUUUCAACAGUGACAUCUCCAGUACCUCCUCAUCCUCCUUGUUCAACGAUGAUGAGUCCCCAGUCUUCCAGCGGAGAAAGAAGAUGGGUUCAGUUCAGUUUCUGGACCUACAAACUGUUGCGUCCUCGUCUGUCAGUUCUCCCCUGCAGGAUGUGAUGAACACUCCUCAGUUCCAGCUGAAGAAGCUGCAGAGGCAGCUGCGUCAGGAGAGAGACAUGAGGGAUGAGCUGGAGAAAGACCUGACCACCAGCGCCACCACCCUCACCCAGAGAGAGAGUCAGAUCUGUCAGUUGCAGCACCGUAUUGAGAAGCUGCUGAGGGAGCAGGCGGAGCAGGAGCAGGAGCCCCGGGAUGAGCUACAAGAACUGCACAGCAAGAACGAGGGGCUGCGGACCCGUCUCCAUGAGGUGCUGAAGGAGUGCCAAGCGUUAAAGACUAACUCAUCUCAGAUGGAGCGGAAGGUGGAUAGCCUGACAGAGGAGAAUGGCACCCUUUCUGCCCAGAUGCGUGAAGUGGUCGCUCGGUUGGCGAGUGCUGAGGCUGAGGUGGACAGGCUGAUUGAGGCCCAGGACUCUGCUCAGGGGGAGUGGAGCAGCAGACACUGCCACCUUCAGGAUGAACUCAACCGGGCCACCGCUCAGAAGGAGUGUCUGAGUGAACAGAUGCUGAUCCUGCAGAGCAAGAUCUCCUCUCUAGAGGACGAGCUGAGUAAAGCCAAGAUGCAGGAAAAAGGAGAGGUCAUGGGCCCUAUCUUGGAGUGGGAGCAGCUGAAACAGGAGCUGGCUGAUGCCACCCUCAGGCACGCAGAGUGUGAGUGCACCAUCGCCCGUCUGAAGGGGGAGAAGGAGCAGGCUGCUGCCCUGCAUGCCCAGGAGAGGGCCUCGCUACAGGCAGAGAGCCAGAGACUGCAGGUCCUGGUGACUGAGCUCCAGGAAGCCCUGAGUGCUCUGCGGGCUGACAGAGAGGCUCUGGAGCUGGCCUCCAAGGAGGAGAGAGAGUCCCUGACUGCCCAGCUCCACACCCUGACCGCUGAGGUGGCCAGCCUUACCCAGACUGUACAACAAAGGGAGCAGGAGGUGAAGGCGCUGGGGGAGGAGGUGCAGCAGGAGUGCAUGCAGAGAGGGGAGCUGAACCUGGCUAUGGAGCGGCAGGACAGGGAGGCCAGAGAGGAGAUCCAGGAGCUGACCAGCCACGUGGACACCAUGGGUGCCUCACUGAGGAGGGCUGAGGAGGAGGUGCAGGUCAGGGAGAAGCAACUUACCAAGCAGCAGCAGGAGAGUGCUCUACAGAGGGAGGUCCUACAGGAGGAGAUGGCUGCAUCUGAGAAGGCGUUAAAAGAGCUGAAGAAGCAGGAAGAGGCCGUUAGAGAGGAGGCCACUCGACUGCACCAGGAGAUCACUACACAUGUUACGGACCUCUGCAGCCUGAGGCAGGAGCACACUGCUCUGCAGGAGCAAUUGGCUAGGCAGCAAGAGGAGAUCUCCCUAGAAAAGGAGGCGCAGGCCGCAGCCCACAGGGAGAAGGAAGCGGUGGAGGCGGAGCUCUCUCGACUCCAGGAGGAGGUGAGGAGCCUGGGGGAACAGAUGGCCCAGCUGGAGGAGGCUCAGAGGGAGAAGGAGCGUCUCCUCCUCCAGUCCACAGAGAACAUGGAGACCCUCCAGACAGAGAGAGCCGCUGCCUCGUCCCUCGCUGAAGCCAAAGACCUGGAGCUCAGCAUCCUGAGAGAGGAGGUGAGGGCCAGGGAGGAGCAGCUAGCCAUGCAACAGGAGGAGUACCGCUUACGGCAGGAGGAGCUACAGGAGGAGCUUGCAGCUCAGGAGAAUGAAAUCAAUAACAUGAGAGAGCGGCUCGCUGGCCUGCUGGACCAGAUCUCUCUGCUGAAGGAGGUGUGUCAGGAGGGUAAAAACAUGGAGGCCCUGAGAGAAGAGCACGCUGCCCAGUUGGAGCAGCUGAGGCUAGUGAAGGAGCAGGUCGAACAGGUCCAGGAGAGGAAUGAGGAGACCUCGGCAGCUCUCAGGGAGAAGGAGUCGUCUCUCAGGGAGAAGGAGUCGUCUCUCAGGGAGAAGGAGGAGAGCCUCCGGGGGCUGGAGGAGGAGCUACAGUCCACCACCUCUCUGGCCUCCCAGAGACAACAGGAAGAACUGACCUCGCUCAAGGAGGAAGUAAUCUCGCUGCAGGAGGAGGUGGAGAGGAGGCGUGCCGCGGAAGCCCUGGCAGUUGAGGAGGCGAGGGAACUGGAGGAGAGCGUGUCAGCCCUACAGCAGCAGCUGGACUCAGCCAUCCAGGACAAUGAUAUGAAGAGACAAAAGUGUGAGAGGCUGGAACAGGACCUGGAGCAGAGAGGAACACUGGUGGAAGAGCUGAGGCAGCAGGAGCAUAGCGCCAGACUGGAGGCCACUCGACUCCGCCAGGAGAUCUCUACACAUCUCAGCCGUCUGGAGGUAGUGCAGAGGGAGAAGGAGGAGCUGAGAGGGGAGGUGUCCCUCCACCAGCAGAGAGCUGCAGUGCUCCAGCAGAGCCUGGAGGAGCAGGAGGUCGCUAUGAGAGUGUUAAAGGAGCAGAAGGAGAGCAUCAGAGAGGAGACCACUGUGAAGAUUGAGGCCCUACAGGCUCAGCUGGAGGUAGUGUCGUCUCUGGCCGCAGCUAAAGACCUGCAGCUCAGCACUCUGAGAGAGGAGGCCACCGCCUUACAGGAGCAGCUAGCUAAGAGGGAGCAGGAGAUCUCCCUUCAGAAGGAGGUGCUGCAGGAGGCCCACAGGGAGAAGGAGUCAUUGGAGGCACUGAGAGAGGAGCUGGCCAGGCAACAGGAGGAGCUGAGAGAGGAGCUAAUCCUCCAGCAGCAGAGAGCUCAGUCCUUAGAACAGAGCCUGGAGGAACAGCAGGAGGCCCUGAAAGAGCUGACGCUGAAGGAGGAGAGAGCCAGAGAGGAGGCCACUCAACUCCGCCAGCAGAUCUCCACACAUCUCAGCCGUCUGGAGGAGGUGCAGAGGGGGAAGGAGGAGCUGAGGGAGCAGGAGGAAAAAGCCAGAGAGGAGACAACUGUGAAGAUGGAGGCCCUACAGGCUCAGCUGGAGGUAGUGUCGUCUCUGGCCGCAGCUAAAGACCUGCAGCUCAGCACUCUGAGAGAGGAGGCCUCUCUACUCUGCCAGGAGAACACCAAACGGGCAGCUGAUCUAAAGGACGUGCAGUUGGAGAAGAUUCGGUUGGAGAGCCUGUUGAGCGAGGAGCACAGAGCCUUAAAGGAGGACCUGGCCAAGCAGCAGGAGGAGCUGAGGGGGGAGGUGUCCCUCCACCAGCAGAGAGCUGCAGAGCUCCAGCUAAGCCUGGAGGAGAAGCAGGAGGCCCUUAGAGAGCUGAAGGAGCAGCUUGUCCAGCAGCAGGAGGACAGCUCCCUACAGAAGGUCUUGCAGGAGGCCCAGGCUGCAGCCCUCCAGCAGGAGGCGGUAGACGCUCUGAGAGGGGAGGUGUCCCUCCACCAGCAGAGAGCUGCAGAGCUCCAGCACCAGGAGGCUGCUCUGAGGGAGCAGGAGGAGAAGAGCACAGAGGAGGCCACUCUGAAGAUGGAGGCCCUCAAAGCAGCUAAAGACCUGCAGCUCAGCGCUCUGACAGAGAAGGCCACCGCCUUACAGGAGCAGCUAGCUAAGAGGGAGCAGGAGAUCUCCCUUCAGAAGGAGGUACUGCAGGAGGCCCACAGGGAGAAGGAGUCAGUGGAGGCACUGAGAGAGGAGCUGGCCAGGCAACAGGAGGAGCUGAGAGAGGAGCUAAUCCUCCAGCAGCAGAGAGCUCAGUCCUUAGAACAGAGCCUGGAGGAACAGCAGGAGGCCCUGAAAGAGCUGACGCUGAAGGAGGAGAGAGCCAGAGAGGAGGCCACUCAACUCCGCCAGCAGAUCUCCACACAUCUCAGCCGUCUGGAGGAGGUGCAGAGGGGGAAGGAGGAGCUGAGGGAGCAGGAGGAAAAAGCCAGAGAGGAGACAACUGUGAAGAUGGAGGCCCUACAGGCUCAGCUGGAGGUAGUGUCGUCUCUGGCCGCAGCUAAAGACCUGCAGCUCAGCACUCUGAGAGAGGAGGCCUCUCUACUCUGCCAGGAGAACACCAAACGGGCAGCUGAUCUAAAGGACGUGCAGUUGGAGAAGAUUCGGUUGGAGAGCCUGUUGAGCGAGGAGCACAGAGCCUUAAAGGAGGACCUGGCCAAGCAGCAGGAGGAGCUGAGGGGGGAGGUGUCCCUCCACCAGCAGAGAGCUGCAGAGCUCCAGCACCAGGAGGCUGCUCUGAGGGAGCAGGAGGAGAAGAGCACAGAGGAGGCCACUCUGAAGAUGGAGGCCCUCAAAGCAGCUAAAGACCUGCAGCUCAGCGCUCUGACAGAGAAGGCCAUCGCCUUACAGGAGCAGCUAGCUAAGAGGGAGCAGGAGAUCUCCCUUCAGAAGGAGGUGCUGCAGGAGGCCCACAGGGAGAAGGAGUCAUUGGAGGCACUGAGAGAGGAGCUGGCCAGGCAACAGGAGGAGCUGAGAGAGGAGCUAAUCCUCCAGCAGCAGAGAGCUCAGUCCUUAGAACAGAGCCUGGAGGAACAGCAGGAGGCCCUGAAAGAGCUGACGCUGAAGGAGGAGAGAGCCAGAGAGGAGGCCACUCUGAAGAUGGUGGCCCUCCAAGCAGCUAAGGACUUGGAGCUCAGCACCCUGAGACAGGAGGCUACACAACUCCGCCAGGAGAUCUCCACACAUGUCAGCCACCUGGAGGAGGUGAAGAGCGAGGGCCCCCUGAGAGAGGAGCACACUGCCUUACAGGUGCAGCUGGCCAAGCAGCAGGAGGAAAACUCCCUACAGAAGGGACUGCUGCAGGAGGUACAGGCCACAGUCCUCCAGGAGAGGGAGGCCAAGGAGGCACUGAGAGGGGAGGUGUCCCUUCAUCAGCAGAGCCUGGAAGAGCAGCAGGUUGCUGUGAGGGAGACUCUAGCCAGGCAGAAGGAGGAAGGGCAGGCAGCAGGCCAGGUGCAGAAGGAGUUGAUGGAGCAGUUCUCUGUGCUCCAGCAAGAGAAGGAGGCUCUGUUAACCCGGGCGCUCCAGGCAGAGCAGAACCAGAGCGAGCUGGAAGGGAGCAUGGCUGAGCUACGAGCCCAGGCAGAGAGCAGAGAAAGUGGCCAGAGACAACAGCUGGAUGCCCUGCUCCUGGAGAAGGAGAGGCUGACUGAGGGUCACCAGGUCCUGGAGAUGAAAUGUAGCGCCGCCCAGAGGCUGGAGGCUGUACUGCUGGAGGAACUGGCCUUGCUGAGAGAACAGAUGGAGGGAACAGAGUGGGAGAAGCAGAUCAGAGAUCUACGGGAACAACUUGCUGCCAACACUGAGGUAGUGGAACACUACAAAACACAGGUUGAGAAGGCCAAGAGCCACUACUCGGGGAAGAAGCAGCAGCUUGUGGAGUCUCAGGAGCAGGUGACGGAGCUGCAGCGCAGCCUAGAGGUCAGAGAGCAUGAGGUCAACGCCGUUACCACAGAGAUGAAGCUGCUGCAGAAGGAGCUGGAGAAGGCCAGGAACAAAGAGAAGAGCCUCAGCUCCAAGGUCAACACACUGGAAGCACAGCUGGCGUUUACUGACCGUCACCUUCGGGAGCAGAGCCAGGUUCGACCUGAGCGGGGACCAGGUGGGAUUGAGAAGAUGAGAGGGGGUAGAGAGAGUGUCUACCUGAAAGUCCCCCAGAGCCAGACUCACCAGGAGACCAGCGGCGACAGUCUGGACCUCAGCCUGGACGACUCCCUCAACACUACUACGAGGCCGUUGGGGCCCGACGAGUCCAGUACUCCCCUGGUGCGUAGCUCGGAGCGUGUAGCUGCUAAACGGCGUGCUCUGGGAGGGGAGUCACUGGAGACCCUCUACUUCACCCCGAUGAAUAACCGUCAGAUCAACAGGACCAGUACUGAGCGCCGGCUAGAGAGCAGCAUCACAUGUCUGGGAGAGCUGGCUCUGGACUCAGCCAGGAAGAGACCACCCACCUCCUCAGCCAGACGCCGAAGGACCACCCAGGUCAUCAACAUCACCAUGAGCAAGACGACCCCUGGUCGCGGAGGAGCAGGAGGAGAUAGUGAUAACGAGAUGUUCUACAGCCUGUCCUCCGUCCGCUCCCAUCCCAACAUCACCGGAAGCACACACACCGCACGACCCAUCUCCAUGGAGGUCUUCCACACACCCGGAAAACCUGCCGUUGCCGUGAGCGAUCAGCUCCUCAGUCUCCCUGGAUACCGUCGAAGCACCGUCCACGUUGCAGCUCCACAGAGUACGGGCCAGUUCUGUGUGGGGGCAGAGAAUGAGCCUGACCAUGCUGCUGAUGACUGGCUACGCAUCGCUGAGCUGCAGGCCAGAAACCAGUCCUGUCUGCCUCACCUAAAGAGCAGCUAUCCUCUGGAGUCCAGGCCCAGCCUGGGACCGUCCUUCGAGUUCACCGACGAUGACCUGCGCAUGGGCGACCCCACGGAGACUAUCCGUAGAGCCUCUGUGAUGCCCGGACAGAUUCAGGAGUCUCUGUCAUCCCACCGGCUCUCCCUCCACCCGGGACAGGCCGACAGCACCACGGCCAGCAGGCCGGCCUACGGCUCACACCGUCUCUCACUGAUGCCACCCAAACCUAAAGCCAGCAGCACCCUGAACAACCAGAACACACACAACCUCAGGGGGAGCAACCUGUCACUCAAACGCUCAGCCAAAGACCAGGAGCCAGACACACCUGAGGUGAGAAUGGAGGCUAAGAGGAUGGCAACCAGCUGUUUCCCGCGCCCUCUUACCCCUAAAGGAGGUCGUUUCAGCUCUUCCAACAACCGCCAGCCUCCUAGCCCUGCUGAGCGGAGACAGUCCAUGGUGUUCUCCAUUGACAACACGCCUCGUAAGGCUGCCUCCAAGAGCGGCUUCCUACAGAGAGGCAUGAAUAAGAUUCGCAGCUCCACGCGUAAAUCCCCAGCGAACAAAAUCUCCCGUGUCCCGCGGUCCGGAGAUGUGAAGUCCCCUCAGCCGGGAGGGAAGGCACAGAGGAAGUCCCCACGCACCAACAGCAGCAAGUCUCCAAAGAACCCCACCAGCGCACGGAAGGAACCCGAGGUGUUGGUUGGAAAGCCCAUUCAUCUGAGCAGAUAAACUUCAGGAGGAAGAUGUGAACGAACAUCUGGUCGUCCUAAACACGUUUGUUUUUACAUUAUCUACCAAGAAUAAUCAUUCAAUUGUUUUAUUAUGUGCAAUAAAAACAAGUAUACUUUCACCAGAGGUUAUAUUAUAUUUACUUAGAACAUAGUGCUAAUUUGGGUUUUAAUAAUUUGGUUUCUUUUGAGAUUUAAAAUCUCAAUGGGUUUUUUAUUUGACCUCCUAAUGAUGUCAUUUGUAUUAGUUAAGCCCUGUUCAAUGGGGUGGUGAGGUAUCCAAUACUGUUAUAGGUCACCUACUGUACGUGUGUACCUGGUACACUGGAUGAUGAUGAUGAUGAUGAUGAUGAUGCAUCACGCUUUGACUUUAUUUCAUCUUUAUUUUUGGCUUUUUAAAGUCUCCCCCCCCCCCUUUUUAGCUUUAAACCUUUUUUGUAUCAUAUUUACAUGUAUUGUCUCUCAAAUAAAAAUAAAACAGUCUAUCAAA